CCCCUCCCCCGGUGCUCGGUGCUCCCUCUGGCUCAGCUCGGUGUCAUUCUCUCUCCUCUCCGGGAUGAUCCUCCCCGAUCCCCGUCUGCUGCUCCUUCUCCUCCUCACCGGGGGGACCCGACCCGGAGCACCGAGCACCGCCCAUCACCGACCUCCGCCGGGGACCGCACUGCCGGCUGAUGGGACCCCGCCGGACCCGGACAGCCCAUCCCGACCCCACCGGACCGACAGCGGCUUCAUAUCAGAGAGAACCGAAACACCUUCCCCGCCCGAACCCAACAGAACCGAAACACCUUCCCCGCCCGAACCCAACAGAACCGAAACACCUUCCCCGCCCGAACCCAACAGAACCGAAACACCUUCCCCACCCGAACCCAACAGAACUGACACCGAAUCUCCAUCAGAACCCAACAGAACUGACACCGAAUCUCCAUCAGAACCAGUAAGAACUCAAUCCCAUUUCCCAUCACAACCCAACAGAACUGAGAUGCAUACUCCAUCAGAACCAGUACGAACCGGGACCCUCUCUACAUCAGAACCCAACAGAACUGAGACUGGAUCUCCAUCAGAACCGAACAGAAUUGAGACCCAUUCCCCAUCAGAACCAGUAAGAAGUGAGACCUAUUCUCCAUCUGAACCCAACAGAACUGAGACUAAAUAUCCAUCAGAACCAAACAGAACUGAGACCAAUUCCCCAUCUGAACCCAACAGAACUGACACCGAAUCUCCAUCAGAACCAGUAAGAACUCAAUCCCAUUUCCCAUCACAACCCAACAGAACUGAGAUGCAUACUCCAUCAGAACCACUAAGAACCGGGACCCUUUCUACAUCAGAACCCAACAGAACUGAGACGGAAUCUCCAUCAGAACCCAACAGAACUGAGACGGAAUCUCCAUCAGAACCCAACAGAACUGAGACAGAAUCUCCAUCAGAACCCAACAGAACCGAGACUAAAUAUCCAUCAGAACCAAACAGAACUGAGACCCAUUCCCCAUCAGAACCCAACAAAACUGAGACCCAUACCCCAUCAGAACCCAACAGAACUGAGACGGAAUCUCCAUCAGAACCCAACAGAACUGAUACCCAUUCCCCAUCAGAGCCCAACAGAACUGACACGGAAUCUCCAUCAGAACCCAACAGAACCGAGACCCAUUCCCCAUCAGAAGCUGGUUUAUUAUUUAUAGAGGACAAACAAAAAGUCCAAACGGUGGCAGAACCGGCCCAGGCGGGACGCCACGACUUCUACCGGUGGGACAAUCCCCGGACCGAGGCGGAUUUCCCCGGGACAGACGGACAGACGAGUUCUGCUUCCGGCAUCACUCAGAAGUCGGUGACUCGGAGGCACAUCAGUAAGCGGACCCCACACAUGGACACCACCUACAUCUCCACCACUUUCCCCGAAGGAGGAGACCAGACCCCCUUAUCUGUGACGAAUAACACCAACGUGUCCGACAUCACCGAGAAUCCCACCACUUCCACCACCGACCUGGACACGGGACCCACAAACACCGAGGGGACCGGACCCGUCACUGAGGAUUCUAGGAAUAAAACAUAUUCUGGUGGGAUGACGCAAGUGUCUGUUACCGAGGCGAAGGAUUCUGGGAACACAACGCAAGGCUCUGUCACCGUGACGCGGGAUUUCGAAAAUUCCACUGAGACCUCGGGGAUUCAUAAAACAGAAUCGGAGCUUUCGGCCUCCACCACCUACCCUCUGCAGACCCCUUCUUAUGUGAUCACUACUUACCCAUCCCCCACAUCUCACCAGGCCUCAGAAUCUUCAGCCCCGUUCACUAGCAUUCCCGUUACUGCUCCGAACACAACAAGCCACGUCCAAGGCACCGAUUUUCCGGCUAGUGAGUCCACCUUUGUGCCGUCUUCCCCGACUUCGACCAACUCUUCAUUGUCCACCUUCCCAGCUUCCUCCUCCAGCCAGCCGCCAUCUUCUUUUUCUGAAGACAGUUUCAACCAAUCUUCAUCUGACGCUUCUUUUUCUUCUCCUCGACCUUCCACAUUGGUCUCUUCGUCAUUCUCCACCUUCUUCACCUUCCCCCCCGAAGCUUCGUCAACAUUCACCUCCACAAAGUCUUCUUCCCCACAGACCACCCUUCUAACGACUCCUGAACUUCCAUCGUUGUCAUCUUCACCUUCCGCACCGCCAUCUUUACCAACAACGUCCUCCACCGACGAUGUGAUAGGAACUAGCGCCUCCUAUAGGACUUCUUUACCACCAACUAGGACUUCUUUACCACCGCCUAGGACUGACCAAACCUCCGGGGCCUAUAACAUUUCCACGACCAGCCCUAGAGAGUCCCACACCACAGAAUCUGGUCAGAGGUUCCUCGGUGAGACCACGACGGCCUUCGUAGACUUAGGAACGACCUUGAGGUCCAUUGUGGAGACUCAGACAUCACCAGUUACUUCUCUUGAAGACAGAGGACCUCCAACCAUCGCAACGACACAUGUAACCGAACCUUCCGCUCAGCCAACCAGUCCAAUUCCAUUGACCACUUCCGUAAAUCUACCGAUCCCAUCACCUAGUUUUACCACACAAGGGCCGCCGCUGCCGCCCCAAGAUAUUCCCAAGACCACGAGACCAGCGUUGACCACUGGUGACCCCAACAAGGAGGUGACCUCCGUCAGAACAACCAGCAUGGACACAAAGACCGAAAUGCCGAAAGUGGAGACCACUACCAGUAAUAAGGAGAAGAAGGCGCCGGCACAGACCACAGCACAACCCGCUGUAGUCACUGCCAAGUAUUCCACCACCACGGCAGCCGGUCCUCCAACUCCAGCCGCACCGCCCAUCCCCACUCUGCCAGCACCAGUCAGCGUCUGUUCCCCCAACCCGUGCCACAACGGCGGGAGCUGCGUACAGCGAGGAGGGCACCGGAGAGACUACAGAUGUGAGUGUCCCGCAGCCUGGCAGGGGCAACACUGUGAAAGAGAUGUAGACGAAUGUCUCUCCAGACCGUGUCCAGCGAUGGCCACAUGCCUGAACCUUCGGGGGUCCUUCGCCUGCCGCUGUCCGUUGGGGUACAUCCUGGAGAAUGGCGCCGCCUGCGUUCAGGUGAGGACGUUUCUCGGCCACAUCGAAAUCCCGAGAAGUUUGCUGAACGGAUCCGACAGGAAAUACACCAAAUUACAGGAGAUCGAAGAGGAGAUCGUCCAGAUCCUGAAUUCUUCCUUCUCUCUGAUUGGUGGAUAUUAUCAAUCGUCCGUCACCAACAGCAGUUUAGGCAAUCGCAUCGAGCUGUCCGUCCGGAAUAUCUUCCUCCUCUCCUCCAACGUCACCCUGUAUGACCUGAGACGCAACAUCCAGCGCUACAAGAAGGGGUGCCAGUCCGCCCCCGACCGCGCGCCCGCGUGCCAGCUCAUACUCCACCCCGAACUCUACUACAUAGCUGUCAGUUUGUGUAAAUGGAAGAAUCCGGGAUGUGACAACGAGACGGCGGAGUGCGGUGACCCGGCCGGCAUCGCCCAGUGCCAGUGUAAGGCGGGAUACUUCAAAUACAGCGCGACGGACCGAUCCUGCCGAGCUUGUGACGACGGCUAUCAACUUCAGGAUGGAGUCUGUGCGAGAUGUCCCUUCGGAAUGGGAGGAUUCAACUGCUCCAAUCCGUACCAGCUGAUCACGGUGAUCAUAUCGGCGGCCGGCGGGGGGCUCCUCCUCAUCCUCGGCAUCGCGCUGACCAUCACCUGCUGCAGGAAGAGCAAACACGACAUCAGCAAACUCAUCUUCAAGAGCGGCGACUUCCAGAUGUCCCCCUACGCCGAGUACCCCAAAACCCCGCGCUCCUCCGAUUGGGGGAGGGAGACCAUCGAAAUGCAGGAGAACGGGAGCACCAAGAACCUCCUGCAGAUGACCGACGUCUAUUACCCGCCCGGAUUGCGGAACUCGGAGAUCGAACGGAACGGUCUGUACCCGUUUACCGGACUGCCCGGGUCCCGGCACUCGUGUAUCUACCCCGGACAGUACAACCCGUCCUUCAUCAACGAGGAGAACCGCAGGAGGGAUUACUUCUAGGACCGCCCCCUGCUAGAAUAGAACUGUAGAGAGAGUGAAGAGCCCAUCCUCCGACGUCACAAGGGAGGCGCUCCAACCCCAAACCCGGCAAGAGGCGGGCAGCAGCUGUGACACCCCCCCUGAGGGCGGGGCGCCCUCUGGUGGAGGGUCUCGGUAUUGGCCGCAUGGAUAGCGCUGGAUGGAUUCUGCAGCACCGCCCGGAUUAUUGAUGGAUCGCAGACGAUCGCUCCGCGGGCGCGCUGUGGCCCUGUGUCCUGUGUGUAGCAAUCCGUCACGGACUCAGCGUGGGGGCCCAAAUUAGUGUGGGGGCCUGACUCAGCGUGGGGCCCUGACUCAGCGUGGGGCCCUGACUCAGCGUGGGGCCCCCGACUCA